AUGUCUGUCCCCUCGUACUACUACGGCCAGUCCCGCCUGUGCGGGUGCUGGUUCCCUUCAACCACGGUUACAGCCAGAAGAAAAUAUCUUCCUCAAGUCGAAUUAUCUGCUCACACGCAAAUUCUUGCAACAACGUCCCGCACUACACUAACGCAGACCUUCGUCAACAAUGAAGCCCACAGCCUUGAUGACGUGCAUUACACUUUUCCGCUCUACGACGGAGUCAGCGUGGUUGGCUUCAAAUGCACAAUUGGCUCCAAGGUGAUCGUCGGUGUGGUCAAAGAGAGACACCAGGCGAGAGCAGAGUAUCAGGAAGCGGUGUCGCGGGGCGAAACAGCAGGUCUGCUCGAACAACUGCCUGAAGCCUCGGAUGUCUUCACCACGUCAGUCGGCAAUAUUCCUGCCAAGGAGAAGUUUCAGGUCGAACUUGUAUAUCUCGGUGAGCUCAAACACGAUGCUGAGACCGACGGCUCCCGUUUUACCAUUCCGACCAUGAUUGCGCCGCGCUAUGGGUCACUGUCGGGUGACUCUGCUACUGCCAUGUUUCACACCAAGACCGACAAAGGUCGCAUCGCCAUAUGCGUCGACGUGACACUUCCGACCGGGGGGAUCGUCCAAGGCAUACAGUCUCCAAGCCAUCCAAUCGCAGUCACCACGGGUCGGACGUCGUCUAUGCCGGAAGAUUCUUUCGACAGCAAUCACGCCUCGGCAACUCUGACACUCGGGACUACGGAACUCGAGAAAGACUUCGUCAUCGUUGUUCUUGCCAAAGACACUGGGAUUCCUCGCGCCUUACUCGAGACGCACUCUACCAUCCCGAACCAACGCGCACUCAUGGCCACGCUGGUCCCAAAAUUCAACCUCCCCAACAUCUCGCCCGAAAUUGUGUUUGUCGUUGAUCGAAGUGGGAGCAUGGAAGGGAAGAUGGAGCUCCUGAUUACCGCCAUGAAAGUCUUCCUGAAAUCGCUUCCGGUGGGUGUGAAGUUCAACAUUUGUUCUUUUGGAUCCUCAUACUCCUUCCUCUUCAAGAAAAGCACAACAUACGAUCAGUCAAGUCUCACCGACGCUCUGAACCAUCUGGAGACAUUCGGGGCGAACUAUGGCGGUACGGAAAUGCUGCAGCCAGUCAAAGCAACCGUCGAGAACCGCUUCAAGGACCUCCCACUCGAGGUCAUGCUACUCACCGAUGGCGAGAUAUGGAAUCAGCAGGACUUGUUCUCUUUCGUGAAGCAGACGCCCAACGCACGCUUUUUCACCUUGGGUAUCGGUCCCAGCGCUUCGUCUGCACUGGUGGAGGGGGUUGCGCGGGCCGGUAACGGGUUCGCGCAGUUCGUUGGUUCACACGAAAAGAUGGACAAGCGAGUUGUUCGCAUGUUGAAGGGCGCUCUUACACCUCACGUUUCGGACUACACACUCGAGGUCAAAUUUGUGGGCGAGAGCGCACUUUCCGAAGACGAAGACUUCGAGAUGGUUGACCGAGUGACCAAGCCAGCCGAGGAUGCUGUCAUGCCUGACCAGCAAAAGCCAGAGGCCAAGAAACCCAUUUCCCUGUUCGACCUCAACGCAGUCGAGGAACCAACUAACCCUCCUGCGGGCCGUUAUGACAACUUGCCAACCAUCUCGACCCCCAAGAUCAUCCAGGCACCUCACAAGAUUCCGGCGCUGUUUCCGUUUAACCGCACCACUGUCUAUCUCAUACUGGGUCCCGAAGCGCCUCGUAAGACGCCGGAAUCUGUUGUGCUUCGCGGCACCAGUGCUCAUGGCCCUCUCGAGCUAGAAAUUCCGGUUCAGGACAUCGGUAUGGGCCAGACAAUUCACCAACUGGCGGCCAAGAAAGCAGUCCUCGAGCUAGAAGAGGGAGGUGGCUGGAUUGCCGAAGCGCGAAGCUCUAACGGCCAACUUUUGAAAACUGCUCAUGAAGGGAAAUGGGAUCUCCUUCUUGAACGAGAAGCCGUUCGUUUGGGUGUCGAAUACCAGGUCGGAGGAAAGUGGUGCUCCUUCGUUGCUGUGGACAGCAUCAGCCGCAAGGAAAUUGGUGAGCCGGAGCCCAUGCCCCGGGUCUCAUCCAGUUCUCCUAACUCGCAGGUUGGGCUUUUUGCAGCCAAUGUUUCGGUGCCACGGAUGUCUUUCGGAUCCCAAAACUUGCAGGUUAGGUCUUUCCAAUCCACACCUUCCAUACCGCCGCCGCCUGGAGCACUCUUGUCGGCAAGUUACGGCGCCUCCGGUGCUGCUGCGAGUACCUUUGGUGGUCCUCCGAGAGGGAGUCUCGCGGCUGGUGCCCCCUCAAGUACAUUUGGUGGCCCCCCGAAAGGAGGUGGCAUUGCUAAAUUUUGUAGAAGACCUGGUGUUCCCUCAGAAGGGGCCCGUGGCGGAGGACUUUUUGGAGGCGCCCUUGGGUCAUCACGAAAGAGGCAGUCCCCAAAAGGCAUUGGAAUGGAAUUCGACUUUGGUGGGAACCGUGGUAAACAAGACGUUCCAGGGGAUGCCGGCGCCCACCAGGAAGCCGUUGACAUCUCCAAGCUCGAUAACGCGGGAAAAAUGCAUCAAAUCAUUGGCUUGGUGGAGUUUGACGGGUCGUGGCUCCGUUCAAAGAAUCUUCUCAAUCUCCUUGGGGUAACGGAGCAGCAAUUUACUGGUCUCAAGGCGACCACCGACAAAGAAGAGGAUACUGUCAGAGCCACGGUGCUGGCAGUCGCUUGGCUGAAGGUCAAGGCUUCCGCUGAGAAGGACAUCUGGGAUAUGGUGGCUGACAAGGCGACGGAAUGGUUAGCGACACGACUGGGAGGUAAAGAAAACGCGGAGAAAGCUAUAGAGCAGGCAGAAGGUGUUUUCUGA